GUCGUCCUCCACGACCAAACACCGCCUCAUCGCCUCUAUCUCUCUAUCCUCUCUACCCACGACCGUCGCGAGCAGAUCGUGUUCAGAGCUCCGCCAGCAUGAAGCUUUUCUCCGUCCUAUCCUCGGCGUUGCUUGCCACCGCCGUGACAGCUCGGUCCACACUCGUCAAGCGAGACGACAACCUCUCAGUACCCGGCGAGAACCCACUUGAGUUCUGUCAAGACCCAGCGGACAACAUCCUCGCCAUCAAGAAGGUUGACCUCGACCCCAACCCACCUAAGGCUGGUACAAAGCUCCAAGUUGCCGCCACCGGUGUCCUCGCCGAAGACGUCGAACAAGGCGCCAAAGUGGCAUAUACUGUCAAAUACGGCGUCAUCACCAUCCUGCACUCGACCGCAGAUCUUUGCGAAACCGUAGCAAACGUCGACCUCGAAUGUCCGCUGAAGAAGGGUGAUUUGACGCUCACAAAAGAUGUGGACCUGCCAGCACAAAUUCCUCCGGGAACAUACACCGUGGAAGCCACUGUGGUCACCAAGGAUGAUAAGCCAAUUACAUGUCUGAAGGCUAAGGUGCAGUUCAAGGCCGGGGGUUCUGCGCUCGAAGGCCUGUUCAAGGAGGGUUUGUAGGAGAGCCCAAAGCGGAAGGGAAGCGAUGCGAAAGCUAGAAUGGAUACGUGCCGGAAUUGACCAGGAUAAAUGGCGCAACAAGCCAGUGUUUGCGCGCGCUGGCUUGAAAGUGUCGUUCUCUUUCGCGAGAACUACGUCCGACCGCGAGCCAUGUAUCUCAACCUCAGCAUGUUCCACAAGCACUUCUCAGCACGGCGUUUGGGGAUAGCAUUAAUGUUGUAUGACCUAGCUUGACUGAAUAUACGUACGGAUGAAUAUGUGCAAACCACACCC